GCGGCCUCUGACCGCCGGGGAGCCUCGGUGGCCGCCCGCUCGCCAUCAUCAUGGACCUUCUCCGCCUGUCGUCGGCGCAAGUGCGGGGGGGCCUAUGGCUGCUGCUGCCGCUGCUGACGGCCACAAAAUGGCCGCCGCCAGCCACGCCCCCCGCGCGCCCCUCAGCCUCCUCCGCGCGCCGCCCGCCCCCCGCCGGCCCCGAAGCCUCCCUCUACCUCCAUUGGCCAUAUUGUGAGAAACGCUGCAGCUACUGCAACUUCAACAAGUACAUUCCGCGAAACAUUGAUGAGACCAAAAUGAAGAAUUGCCUCAUUCAGGAGGCCAGGACCUUGAUCCAGCUCAGCCAAGUUGAGAGAAUCACAUCUGUGUAUUUUGGUGGUGGGACACCAAGCUUGGCCAGUCCACUCACCAUUGCAGCAGUCCUGGAUGCCAUCUCCCAAGAUGUCCAUUUAGCAGAAGGCACUGAGGUUACACUGGAAGCCAAUCCCACUUCAGCAGAUGCCUUAUGCCUUGCUGAGUUCCACAAAGCAGGUGUCAGUCGGCUUUCUGUUGGCAUCCAGUCCCUUAAUGAUGUAGAACUCCAGCUUCUUGGAAGGAACCACUCAGCUUGUGAUGCUCUAAGAACUUUAGAAGAAGCCAAGAAACUCUUUCCAGGCCGUAUAUCUGUUGAUCUCAUCUUUGGCCUCCCAGAUCAAACCACUGCCUCCUGGGUUCAGGAUUUGGAGGCAUUGCUUGCAGUGUGUGAUGACCAUGUUUCUCUCUAUCAGCUAACACUGGAAAGGGGCACUUCACUCUUCAAACAAGUUAACCAGGGCUUUCUGCCUCUACCUGAUCCAGACAUUGUAUCAGAAAUGUAUGAGUAUGCAAGGCACAUUCUUCAGAAUGCAGGUUUUCUUCAAUAUGAGGUUUCCAACUUUGCUCGGAAUGGGGCAUUUAGCACCCACAACCUCUCUUAUUGGCAAGGCAGUCAAUAUAUUGGCGUUGGACCAGGAGCCCAUGGGAGAUUUGUGCCGUGGGGAGAUGGCAAAAUCUGUCGAGAGGCUAGAAUACAAACUCUGGAGCCAGAUAUAUGGAUGAAGGAGGUGUUGGCUUUUGGCCAUGGGACCCGGAAGCGGACCCCACUCAACCAACUUGAGAUACUGGAGGAGAUUCUGAUGCUGGGACUCCGCAUGGAUGUAGGAAUCACACACCAGCACUGGCUACAGUUUGCUCACAACCUCAGUCUGUGGGAUGUGUUUGGGCAAUCAGAGGAGGUGAAAGAGCUAGAGACACAUGGCUUGGUGCUUUUGGACCACAGGUAAGGGACUUCAGGACUUGUAUUCUAAGGAAGAAGGAUGCUGUUAUUUUAGCGCACUUGGGUGGAGAAAGUGUGGCCUGUGAGCCACCUGUACCCCAGGGACACUUUUAUGCCCCCAUUCCUCUACCACCAUCCCAAGAGCAAUAUUUGGCUCAGAACAUACACAUGAGUAGGUGAGAAUAGUUUUGCCACAUUUUAGAUCUAUUUCAGCUGUUUUAGGUCCAAGUGAGGCCUUUAGUUAACACAGUAAUAACCCAGAUGUUGAGUAGCAAUUUACUUACUUUUUAGAUAAAGGCUUCUUCUGGGCCUAAAACAGCUUGGGGGCGAGGGGAGGGCCAAGCUAGUGAGGGCCAAUGCAAUUCCUCAGAAUCCUGGCAAUUGCUUGCCCUAUGAGAAAGACUAAUCCAGGCUUUUCAUUGGUGGGAAUUUACUUGU